CUUCUUAACAUUUAUCCCACAUGAAAUUUGAAGAAUAUGCUAAAAGAAGAACAGGGCAUGAAUGGUUUCGUUUAGAGGCGGAGGAAUACGAAAGAGAGCAUGAAAAAAUGUUUGACGCUGAAGGUGUUAAUAAUCCCCUGUGUGCCUAUCUACCAGGAACAUUGCUUGAAGAAACAAGGGCAGAUUCUGAAUACAAUAUUGGCAUGGUCUACUAUCUCGGUACACACGCCAGAAAAAACUAUAAAGAAGCUUACAAGUGUUUUCUACAGGCUUCUAAAUAUGGCCAUUUGAAAGCUGUAGAAAAAAUCGCAAGAUUAUAUUACUUUGGUCAAGGUGUCGAGCAAGAUUAUUGUAAGGCUUUUGAAUGGUAUAAAAGAGCGGCUGAAUUCGGCGAUAUAGAGUCUCAAUUUCGUCUUGGGAUUCUUUACAAUGAUGGUUUGGGCGUACUUCGGGAUUAUCAAUGUGCGUUUGAGUACUAUACAACUGCGGCAGAUACGGGCAAUCACGUGCUGGCAAUGUAUAAUUUGGGUGUUCUGUACGAAAAUGGUGAUUAUGUUCCCAAAGAUUAUCCUAAAGCUUUUGAACUUUAUUCCAAAGCUUCUGAAUUUGAUGAUGAAAUUUCCCUAUAUAAAGUAGCCACAUGGUAUGAGAAAGGCAGGGGGACUGCACAAAAUUAUAAAAAGGCUAUCAGUAUCUAUAGGCGGCUAGUAAACGACGAUCGCAGAUCAGAAGCACAUUAUCGAAUAGGCCGUAUGUAUGAUGAGGGACACGGUGUAAGCCAAAACUACUUGCAAGCAUACAAGAACUAUUUUGUAUUAGCAAGAAUAGGAAACCCAAAAGCACAAAUGCGAGUAGGAAUAAUGCACCUGAAUGGAUUGGGGAUAGACAAAAGCAAAGACGAGGGUAUCUAUUGGCUUGAAAAGGCAGCCCAGGGAGGAAAUGACUUGGCUGAUGCCAUGCUUAACGAAAUGGAAGUAUGGGAGGCUGUAGAGGACAAAAAGCAAACAGCAGAUUCCCCAAAAUCGCUAAAUGAUUUGUUUAAUUUGUGAAUUUUAAUAAAAGUAUGUAAAACGCCAUAGGUGUAUUUGCUCAACAAGGCUCA